AUGACUCAAAAAGAAACAAUAACAUUCAACAAGAAAUUAAUUAAAUUAAAGAAAGAAUCAGAAAGAAUUAAAAUUAAAUUAAGUAAUAAAACUGAUACUGAAUUAGAUUUAGAACUAUUAUUAUCUGAUGAUUAUGAUAAUAAUAUUAUUGUUAAUACGAUUAUUACAAGAAAAGAAUUUGAAGAAGAAUGUUACAAAAGAGGAAUAUAUGAAGAAUUUAUUAAUAAAAUAAAACAAGUUACUCAAAGAAAAGGAUACAAAAGAGGAAAUAUUAAAUUAGUGAUAUUAAAUAGUGGAAUAUGUAAAAUACAAAGAAUUAGAGAAGAAGUUGCUAAGCUAUUUGAUAAACAAACAUUUUCUGAUAAUAACUUUAAUCCACUUAAUGGAGUUGUAAAAGGAGCUGCAUAUUUAGCUCAAGAAAUUGCUAUGUGUUAUGAAGUUAUAUAUGAUAUUGUUCAAACACCAAUUGGAAUAGAAUUAGAAGGGUGA